UUCCACUCAUUCCAACACUUACAAAUUAUACUCCUGUUUAAGCUCACCAAAGUGUAAGAGAGACACUAAUUUAAUAAUGAAGGAGAGAUGCCAAAUUUAAGACAAGAGGACCCCCAAAGAUAUUCAGGUUUCAACUGUAAUAGCAUCACCUUCCUAUUUAUGACUAUAUUUGUUCUGUCUGUAAUUUAUAAAAAGAAAGAAACAAAGAAGAGUGAAGUUAUGUGAUCAAGAGGCGCAGAGAGAUAGAUCUUCCCACCUGUCUUCCUUCUUCUGACACCGACACUUAUCCGUCUGUCACCCUUUAAACCCUAUCUUUUUCUCAACUAAGCUUGUGUUUAAUCUCACCAUUAAUCUUGUCACUACGCAUCAUCUCAUCUCCUUCCUUUAUUGGAAACUCCGACUUUACCUGGAAUCGUACCCGAUUUGAUUUCACUCGAGAUAAAAUAAUUAGUGCAAAAAAGUUCUCACCAUCUUUCUCCGUCUUGUCGGUCACGUUUUUGUCCUCGUAGCUAAAAAAAUCAGCUUUCUACAACUCCGUAAGGUGGAAGCUUGAGAUUAUGCAGAAGAAACGAGAGAUCUGUGGUUAUAGAGACAAAUUAGACAAGACCUUAUCUUCUCCUGAACUCACUAAUCACGAGACUCUCAAAUCUCUUCUCAGAAACCAGCUUGAAGAGUGUGAUGAGAAUAUAUUGGAUAAAAGAACAGAUGAUGUAUCCAAGUUACUUAGCAAGCUUAGGAGUGUUUCCAUGACUGAUCAUCAAGUUUCUAAAUUAACCAACGAUGGUGAUUGGAAAGUAUGUUUUUUUUUGUUUUGAACUUCAGAGACAUAUCCAUUUUUGUUCUUAUUGUUUCGACCAAUGAUCUUGGAUUGUAACGAUGUAGCAAAAAAGUGUUUGUUUUACAGUUGAAACAUGAUCUUGAAGAUUGCCGUGUUAUGUACCGUGAAGGACUCGAUGGAAGUCCUUUUCACACAUUGCUCGUUGAAGGUUACAUGGAUGGUCCUAUCCACGAAUGUUUAUGCGUAUCGUGGGAAUCAACUCUCUACAAGAAAUGGUGGCCACAAUAUGCGUUUCCUCCAUUCAGGAUCUUAAAAAGCACAUGCUUGCAAAAGGUCGGGGUCGGUGAACAAAUUUGUUUAGCAAGGAUGAAGGUACCAUGGCCAUUGACGGAAAGAGAGAUGAUUCUGCACUAUUUCUCUUUUGAAUACUUUAAAGAUGGCUUAGUCGUCAUCCUUCUGAACACGAUCUCUGAUUUAAAUAGCAUUGGAGUUUCCUCUACGGACAUCAUCAUACCUGAAUCACCGGAUGCAGUGAGGAUGGAUCUCGUAGGCGGAUUUGUUUUACAAAAGGUUACUCCACAGAGGAGUUACUUCAGAACGAUAGGGGAUAUGGAUAUAAAGCUGGACUUGAUGCCACCAUCUCUUAUGAAUUUUAUAUCUAGGCAGCUGAUCGGCAACGGUUUCAGACUAUAUAAAAAGUCAGUUGCUUCCGUAGCUAAAUUUGAUGAAGAUUACAGUAGAGCUUUAACUGAUCCUUUGUAUACUAAGAUACGUCGAGCUCUAUAUUCAACUGAUGAAGCAGUCGAGGAAGAACCAAAGUUGGAAACCAAUGAAGUAAAUGGCGUUACUUUGCCAAAGCACGAACACGAGAAUAAUGGAGAUGCUAGUGUAAAUAAACCUGUCCAUUGCAGAAGAACUGUUCCCGAGAUUGAGGAAGAAGAAGAAUCUGAGGAAAGUGUUUAUUCAGAGGAUGGAAAUGAAAUUGCCAAGACUCAUGUGGAUAUGAGAAGACGGUUUUGCGUCAGUCCAGAGGUAGAACAAGCUUUAGGGACUCUAGAUAGAGUAAUAUUCAUGGUUAGAAAUAUAACGCCAGUCCCAGAAACUGAGGAAUUGUCGCCAAAUAGAGCAGAUGAUCAGGCAAAACAAGUGAGUGUAUUAGAGAACAUUGAAAGUGUUCCUCAAACACAAGAGUCAUCAAGCGAUUUCAGUGAAGAAGAGAAGAGAGAAGAGGAUACGGGACAAAAUCAGGGCAUGUUAAACAAAGGUAAGAACUCGAGCUUGCAGAGAAAACGUAAAGCUCGCUGCUUUGCUUUCAGGUCUUGGCUUUGAAGGAAGCCAAAGUUUUCAUUUACUUGCAAGAGUUUUGUAAGUUGGAUUUUUUUUUUUCACUUGGAAGUUUCUUCUUCUCAGUUGCAUGAUCCAUGUAUAAAGUUUGUUGAUUAUUUUUGUAAAACUUGUUUUGUUCGAUAAAAUUUAUCAUAUUUGGCGAAA